AUGACAUCUUCAUUCCCAGAUCGUCCUUGGGAGAGGCUUGGGAUGGACCUCUUUGAAUAUCAGGGAAAGGUGUUCCUGAUUGUGGUGGACUACUAUUCACGUUGGAUUGAGGUGAAACGGCUACAUGGACACACUUCAGAGGCGGUGAUCAAGUCUCUGAAGGAGAUAUUUGCAGUACAUGGUAUACCUGAUCUCGUGAUUUCAGACAUGUCAGACAACGGUCCACAAUUCGCAAAUGAGACAUUCCGUCGAUUCACAGAGAAGUAUGGAUUUGUCCAUACCACUAGUUCACCAAGAUAUCCUCAGGCCAAUGGGGAAGCAGAGCGGGGUGUACGUCCGAACAGUGAAGUCCAUGCUGAAGAAGAAUGA